AUGGAGGUAGUCAGUGGAAAAUGGAGGACCAUCAUUCCGGUGUUGUAUCAACUGCCGUUUGGGUUCGGAAAUGCUGUAUUGGCGCUUUUAGCAUAUUGGUUAAGAGAUUGGAGGAAACUGGAGUUUGCUUUGGCAACCAUUUCUUCCUUGUAUUUACUUUAUUGGUUUUGGGUGCCGGAAUCGCCUAGAUGGUUGUUAGCUACCGGGGAAACUGAAAAAGCUAUAGACGUACUGGAAAAUAUUGCAAGAGAAAACAAAAUGAAUACAAGGGAAAUCUCUGAUUUGAGUGAAUAUAGUGCGAAGCCAGAAGCUCGCGUUGGAGAUCUCAGCGGUGACAUAGCAAGAGUUCUGACUAGAGUGCAUGAAAGAGUAAAAUUAAACAUUUGCGCCCGGCUAACGGAAAAGUACACGCCG